CAUCAACUUGUCCCGAUCCGCUCUGAUGGCUUCAAUACUCGGCGGCAGCGGCGGCGGUGCGGGAAGCAGCCAGAUCAGGUGCAAGUUCAAACGGAGAAGGAGGAGAAGAUCCAAGCGCAAAGAAAAGGUGAGCAGCAUGCUGUCUGCACUGAUUGUCCCCUUCAAAUAUAUGAGUCCAGGUCCAAGCAGCACGGAGGAUGAAGACACGUUAAGUACCAGCAGUACAGAGGUGAAGGAGAACUGGAACACUGGGAACUUUGAGGACCGUACAAUCAUGCCAUCAGAACGUCCGUCUUUCUUCCUGUCUGAAUCGUCCCGGAGCGGGACAGGAGCUCUGAAACGGAAGCGUCCAUUAGAGGAGGACAACAACGGGCGCGUAUGUGAGCUGCGAGUAUGCUGCAGAAGAUCGUCAUGGUCAGACACGCCGAAGAACGCCGUGGUGCAGCUGAACGAGCUGCGUCCGGGUCUGCAGUACCGCACUGUGUCCCAAACGGGCCCGGUGCACGCUCCUCUAUUCUCCAUUGCCGUCGAAGUCAACGGGCUCACUUUCGAAGGAACGGGCCCUACUAAGAAGAAGGCCAAGAUGAGGGCAGCUGAGUUAGCGCUUAGCUCCUUUGUGCAGUUCCCCAAUGCUGCUCAGGCUCACUCAGCCAUGGGAGGAGCAUCUAAUCCCACAACGGACUUCACCUCUGACCUUUCGGACUUCCCUGAAACGCUCUUUAAAGGUUUUGAACCGGACGGUUUUCGUUCAGCCAAAUCUGAGUUGCUCUCUAGUGCCCUUCGUUUGCGCCACACACUGGACUUGAUGGUGGUACAAGCAAGGCAAGGUGACAGCCACUUUUCCACACCUCCACCAACACCUGAACCCCCUCCUCCUCCACCGAGUCCUGUCGUCCUGCUGAAUAACCUGCGGCCGGGAGCGCGCUACGCCUGCCUGUGCCAGAGCGCCAGGGGCAGACGCGCUCGCCGCUGCUUUGUGAUGGCCGUGCUGGUGGACGGCAGAAUAUUUGAGGGCACAGGCUGCAGCAAGAAGCUGGCAAAGAGAAAGGCGGCGCUGAGUGCCCUGCAGGCGCUCUUCAACAUCACACAGGCACCCGAGGCGAGAGUGGGUAUGAUCAAGCGACCUCAUUUACCCCAGGACUUUGCAGAUGCCGUGUUUCAUUUGGUGAGGGAGAAAUACAGCGAGCUGAUUGGCUGCUCCGCCCUCAUGCACGCAUGUCACAAAGGCCUGGCGGGCAUCGUCAUGACAAGAGGGCUGGAUGUGCGGCAGGCUGAAGUGGUAGCACUGGCUACAGGCACUAAGUGCAUUAACGGAGAGUAUCUGAGUGACCAGGGUCUGACGGUGAACGACUGUCACGCAGAGAUCACAGCCAGACGAGCGUUACUGCGCUUUCUCUACUCACACCUGGAGAUGCACCUCAGUAAACGAGAGGAGGACAAGGAGCAGUCCAUCUUUAUUCGACAUAAAGACUCCUCUUUCAGGCUGCGAGAGAACGUCCUCUUCCACAUGUACAUCAGCACGUCACCGUGCGGAGACGCCCGCAUUAACUCACCCUAUGAGCUCACCACAGACUUCUCGGUACAAAGCAGCAGACCAGUGGUGAAGAAGUUCCACAGCCAUCUGCGGAGUAAGAUCGAGUCAGGGGAAGGCACACUGCCCGUCAGGUGCAGAUCAGCCAUCCAAACAUGGGACGGAGUGAUGCAGGGCGAGAGACUCGUCACAAUGUCCUGCACAGACAAGAUAGCCAGAUGGAAUGUGCUCGGCCUCCAGGGGGCGCUGCUGAGUCACUUUGUUGAGCCGGUGUAUCUGUACAGUGUGACUGUUGGCAGUGUGACACACACCGGUCACCUCUCCAGAACACUCAGCCAGAGGAUGGAGCGUCUCGGCUCACUACCUGCCUGCUACCGUCGUAACCAGCCGCUACUCAGCAGUCUGAGCAGCAGUGAGUGUUGGCAGCAGCUCAAGGCAUCGUGCUUGAGUGUGAACUGGACUGCAGGAGAUGAGCAGCUGGAGGUGAUCAACGCCUCCAUGGGCAAACGAAGAGACUGUGGAGCUCCAUCACGACUCUGUAAACGUGCACUUUUCACACGCUGGAACAGAGUCUACCGCAAACUGGCAGCGAGCGCUCCGGGUUUGAGCACCGACCCGCUGACGUACGGCGAGGCCAAGCAGGCGGCAGCAUCCUACCAGACCGCGAAGGACCAGUGGGUGCGAGCGCUGAGGGAAGCCGGGUUAGGGACCUGGGUCCGAAAACCGGCGGAACAAGAGCACUUCCUGCUGACGCCAUGAACGACGUGACAAAGUGACACAGACAAAAUACCUCGCUGUACCUAAAGAGCGAGAGAUUGAGAACGAACAUGAACGUAAAUGUAAAGACUUAGUAUCCCUGAUUGUGAAGAGGAGGAAAAAAAAAAGGGUUUCGGAAACGACAAUUCAUUUUCACCUUCGUUCGUCCGCUUUCUCUAUUCACCUACAGCUGUCACACUCCACUAAAUGUGUGUGUGUGGUGUGUGUUAACCUUUGGCAAAGUGAAAGGCAGCAUCCAUGUUGUCAUCACUGGCCUGUUUCCGGAUGCUCGGCCCCUGUAGAGUUCUUCGCACACCGUCCAAUUAAAGGCGCUGUCAGAAUGAUGUGCCCCUCCUCUCUCUCUC